AGAUAUUUUUACUCCUCUCAGUCCUCCUCGCCUUCCAAAAAUAUACUUAAAAGAAAACAGAGAGAUCUGCUUUCUCCCCACCAUUUCCUCUGUUUCUUCCAAUAGUAAUAACUUAUUGGAAGAUCUUCAAUGGCAGAGUUUUCUGAACAAAUCGUUUUAAGUCAAUGAAAAAAUCAGCUGCUGAUACGGAGACCCAUAUCGGAAGGAUCUUUUUUCUAUUAACACCCUUUUUGGCUCGUACACAACUGAAGUGAUCAAAUUUCAAGCUAACAUUUUUGUUUGUAGAGAAUGGGGAAAGCUUCAAGAUGGUUCAAAGGGUUGCUUGGGAUGAAGAAAGACAAAGAGAAUGUUGACAAUAUGUCGAAUUCAUCCGACAAGAGAGAUAAGAAAAGAUGGAGUUUUGGUAAGUCGUCUAAAGAAUCUAUGGGUGUUGGGGAGAAUCCGGUGAACUUUCCGGGAGGUGUGCCGGCGGUGGAUUCUAAUUGGCUGAGAUCUUACAUUUCUGAGAAUGAGAAGGAGCAGAGUAAGCACGCAAUUGCUGUGGCUGCAGCUACUGCGGCAGCAGCAGAUGCCGCGGUAGCUGCAGCGCAGGCGGCUGUUGCGGUGGUGAGAUUGACUAGCAAGGGCAGGGGUGCUAUGUUUACAGGUGGGCGGGAGAAAUGGGCUGCUGCUAAGAUUCAAACUGUUUUCAGGGGUUAUUUGGCCAGAAAAGCUCUUAGAGCUCUCAAAGGGCUGGUGAAAUUGCAGGCUCUAGUAAGGGGCUACCUUGUCCGAAAAAGAGCUGCUGCAACUCUUCACAGUAUGCAGGCGCUCAUCAGAGCGCAGGCUGCUGUUCGAUCUCAAAGAGCUCGUCGUUCAAUGACUAAUGACACUAGACACCAACCCGAGAUCCGAGCUAGGAGGUCCAUUGAAAGAUUUGAUGAAUAUAGAAGUGAAUUCCAUAGCAAGAGGCUUUCAACUUCGAAUGAUACAUCGUAUGAUGGGUUUGAUGAAAGCCCGAAAAUUGUAGAAAUUGACACAUUCAGGACCAAAUCCAGAUCGCGUAGAAUGAACAAUGCUUGUAUGUCUGAAUCUGGCGAUGAGCAGCAUUAUCAAGCUAUGUCAUCACCACUCCCCUGUCCACUUCCAGCUCAUCUAUCGAUCCCAGAUUGCCGUCAUCUUCAGGAUGUUAACUGGAGCUUUCUAGCAGACGAACAAUGCAAGUUCGCCUCUGCACAAACUACUCCUCGCUUUGCAGGUUCUGGACGGUCCAACGCACCACCUACACCAGCCAAAAGCAUUUGUGGUGAUGGAUACUUCCGAGCUUAUGCCAACUUUCCUAAUUACAUGUCUAACACACAGUCAUUUCGUGCUAAGCUACGGUCCCAUAGUGCACCAAAGCAAAGACCAGAGCCAGGGCCAAAGAAGAGGCUGUCGCUGAACGAAAUAAUGGCAUCAAGAACAAGUUUUAGUGGAGUUAGAAUGCAAAAGUCUUGUUCUCAAGUGCAAGAAGAGUACUGUUUCUGAGUAAUUUUUGAAUCAUAGAUUAUAAGAUAUGACUGGCUGUAUAGAGAAGAAAGAUAAUCUAAAAAAGUUGAACUUCUCUAGUGCUUAUCCUUUCAAAGAAAUGGUGACAAAUUAGUACUAGGAAAGAAUGGGUGUGCUUGUGUAAAUUCUUUUGACACUGUUUUUAUGAAUGAAUCUUUCUUCUUGAAUGUAUCCAGUGAAAGG